UCCCGGAAGAAGGGAUGGAGGCAGAGCGGCAACUCGAUAAGAGCUUCGUUUCCAGGAAGAAUUUCAGGGCAAAGUACUAGCUGGGGAAGGAAGUUGGGCGGGGGGCAUACAUGUUCGGCCAGGGCGAAGAAAGGGGAGAUCAAGGGCCAGCUCAUUGCUGUCAAGAUCAUCUCCAAAGCUCAGGUGCAGUGGGAGGUGAAAAUCUUGAAAGCUUUAUCUGGGAAUAAAAAUCUGGUCAAAUUUCAUGAUCCAUGCAAGGAUGCAAAUUAUGUCUGCCUAACAAUGGAUCUUCAAGCUGCUACAAAAGGAAGGGCAUCAUUUUUGAUGGAUCAGAUAUCUUAUAGAAAGAUGGAUUUUGAAGAUUUCUGUGCUGCUGUAAUCAGCUCAUGUGAAUUGGAGGCCCUCAAAGGCUGGGAGCAGAUUGCUAGCAUGGCUUUUGAGCAUUUUGAACAGGAACGGAACCCAGUCAUCUUAGUUGAGGAAUUGGCAUGGGAAAUGAACUUGGGUCCGAUGGCCCACUCAAUCCUCCAUGAUUGGAUCAAAGAGUGCGGCAGGAAGCCCAACUUCCUUGGUUAUACAAAAUUUUUGCAUGGUGUGACAAGACGUAGCUCAAACACAACAUCAGUAGCUUUUGUAGCGGAUUUGGUAAAUUAUUUUCAAAAAAAGAUAAGAGAGUGUUGUUUGUAAGUGUGUUUGCAAGUGGUUUUAGUAGACAAAUGCUGUGUAAAUGAACAGUUCCCCCAAGAAGCCAAGGUGCGAGGUUCUUAGGUAAGUUCAGUUCAUGGCUCUCUUCACUUUCACUGUAUCAAGGGGAAGAUAAUCGAUUAUAUUUCACCUGUGGCCAA